AUGUCGUCGCUGCUGCGCUGGGUGGACUCGGAGGACGACGACGGCGAGGACAGCGACUGGACGCCCGAGUACGACGGCGAGUCCGCCUCGCUGACCUUCGAGGACGACGAUGGCUCGCCCGUGCUCUCCCCGGACGAGCGCGCCAAGCUAGACAAGGUGUUCGACGGCGAGGCGUACGCGCCGCGCGCCUUCCGCCGCUCCGAGUUCGAGAAGAAGCAGCGCGAGUUGCUGCCGCUCGAGCGCAUCGCCCACCAGCUGCGCGGCUAUAAUGAAGACUCGUCGGUGGGCUCGCCCGGUCGUAAGCAGCUCCUGUUCCGCACCUUGUGUCAUCGCGAGCAGGUGGGCGCGUCGUCCAAAGCGCAGCUCAUCAAGCUGCAGGAAACCUUCAUGCCCUUCCAGGAGAACCAGCACUGCCGCGUCGUGGACACGGUGCGCGACCGCCUGUACUGCGGCGGGUUCAACAGCACCGGCUCGAGGUUCCUCACGGCGGGCCAGCGUGGAGAGAUCAUGCUCUACGACACCAUUGACUGGACGCGCGCGGCGUCCUUGCCCGUGCGCGACGUCAGUUGGACGGUGACGGACGCCAAGUUCACGCCCGACGACAAGAACGUCAUGUACUCGACCAUCAACAGCAACGUGAGAAUGGUGAGCACGGACUUCGACGAGGAUGGGAAGGAGUGUGUCUUGCCCCUGGCACGUCCGACACGAGGGAGGGGGGACAGCCACGCCAUGCGGAUGAGUCGGUACGGGCGCUUCGGGGUGUGGUGCAUUGAUAUCAAUGCGUCGGGCACCGAGUUCGUUGCUGGAACGUCGCAGAGCAGCGUCGUGCUGAUGGACAUGGAGACCCGCGUGCCCAUGUGCCACGUCGUCGGCCACCACGACGAUGUCAACGCCAUCGCAUUCGUGGACGGCCCUCUGCACACGAACGUGUUCGUGAGUGGCUCGGAUGACUCAUUGAUCAAGUUGUGGGACCGCCGCGUGCUGUCCGAGUCCAACCCGAAGCCCCAGGGAGUGUUCCCAGGCCACACCGACGGCAUCACGCACAUUUCGUCGCGGGAUGACGGCUACUACUUCAUCUCUAACUCGAAGGAUCAGACCACCAAGCUCUGGGAUAUCCGAAAGUGCUUCUCCUCGGACGACCACGACAAGCUGGCGCCCUUCCGCCGGCCGUACUCGUGGGACUACCGCUACCAGGCGUAUCCGGGACGCAACCUGGUGCCCAUUGAGCACCCGGACGACAGGUCCGUCAUGACGUACCGCGGGCACAUGGUCGUCGAGACGCUCAUCCGCUGCUACUUCUCGCCGCUGCACUCGACGGCCCAAAAGUACAUCUACACGGGCUCAGCCGACGGCCGCGUGUACGUGUACGACAGCAUCAGCGGCGACCUCGUCGAAAUCUUCGCGAUGAGACGCAACGGUCUCACGCGCGACGUGCGCUGGCACCCGUUCGACCCGACCAUCGUGUCCCCGGACUUUUACGGCAAGUUGUGCGUCUGGCAGCGCCAAGACAACGACGACAAACCUGCGACUGACCGACCCGAAGAAACCAGACGCUCGACGCGACCUCGCCGCUUCCUACACCCGUAA